AUGAAAAGUAAAGGAAUACCAGACGAGAGUAUUGCAGCAUCGUCUUCAAAAAGUGCAGAUAACUCCCCACAGUUUGCACGUUUGGACGGAAAAAAGGCCUGGUGCUCUGCGCCAACGGACAAAGAGCCACACAUACAAAUCAAUCUGGUCGAGCCAAAGUCAAUAACUGGCAUAACGACUCAAGGAAGCUUUUCUGAUUGGGCGUGGGUAACAAAAUAUGAAGUCAAGUAUUUAGAAAAAGGAACUUGGAAACACUACGAUGAGGUGCCUGAAUUGUUAUCUAUUUUAAUGAUUUUUCUCCAGCUCAAAAUAACUCAUAUUAUUUUUUGCUCUUUUUGGAAUUUCCGGGAGAAAUCUGGAAGUAAUUGAUUAAAUCGUUUAGAAGUAAAUGAAUCAGUGUUACUCCUCAGCUUAAAAAAAAACUGCUAUUCUUCAAGUUAGGAAAAUGUUAAGUUAAUUUGUCACGAGAGAUCCAAAGCUUUAGCCGCAGAGGACAAGCGUACAAUGCAUACUAGUCAAUCAAGUUUGGAUUCAAAGGCAUCAAGGCAAAUUGUAAUAUUAUGAAGUUACCUUAAUUGGCAUGAUGCAAUUAAGCUAGUUGAUGAGCUCAAUUUCUGUCAAAAUUUCAGGAAUUUGAAGGCAACAAAAAUAUUAAUGGCUUGAAGCCGAACACCUUAGAUCCUCCAAUCAGAACACAGUCGAUUAGAAUCUAUCCCAAGGAUCCAGUGAUGUUGGAUAGCACCGAUCCUAAACCCUGCUGCCUAAGAUUAGAGCUGUAUGGAUGUUCUGCACCAGGUAUCAUUUGAAGAUCGCCUCAACGGCAUUUUAUCUUCAAGUCAAGUAAUUUAUAGGUGUAAUUGCCAGGUACUGUCUUAGAUGAGUACGGAUAUGUAUCAUAUUCGGAGGCUUAAAAGUCUUAUUAAUGUUGUCUCUGUAAAAUCUUUCGAAGUCUUAACCGCUACAUAGCUAAACGUUUGACUGAGAUAUACAGACCUUCAAGAAUUAGUUUCCUCUUUUAUUUGUUGACUGGAAAGCAUGACGUAUUCUUGUUUAAUGCUCUACAUGUCGCCAUUGUUUUGGCAAAAUCUUGUUAAAAGAUUGACUACUAUUUUUUAAACUUAGGGUUUCAGCGAAGGGCCGUUGUAAAGAAGUUCAUGGAUCUAGGGGGCCAGACACUUAGGGGGAGGGGGAUUUUGGAGAAGAUCACAAGGCUUUUAGGGGGAUUGGAGGGGGGUUCACGUGUCACUAACAGAGUUUAAAGGAGGAACUAUGGAAAAUUGAUUGCCGAUUAACUGUCGAUGGGGGGAAUCAUAGGAAUAUUGCAAAGCCUCAUAGGAGGAUCAGGAUAAUUUUAUCAUGACACAACCAAAAUCCUCCGACCUCUGAAAAGGCGGGAAUUGGAUUCCCUACAUACGGUUCCCGGAUGUAGUGGUCGUAUUGGUUCCACGAGUGUUUUAGUUUUCGGUAAACCACUCACGCCCAUACAAUAAUUAGAUUUAUAGGGGGGCAUUUUCUAUUGUUCCAGCCGACUGCAAAAACCCCGGACAUCCAUCCAACGGAAAGCGAAAUGGGAGCGAUUUUGGUCAUGGUAAACAGGCAAACUUCACCUGCAUGGAAGGUUUCAUGCUAGUGGGAAGCGCAACAUCUGUUUGUCAUAAGGGUACAUGGAGUCAUACCCUUCCUCAAUGCAAAGGUAAGUUGUGUUACUUUGUGAUGUGGGUUCAUGAUUUUCCUUGACUGGCCCUCUUUGCGCUGGAAUUUAGAAUGCUUCCGUCCUAUCCCAUUUAUUCCAUAGGAUUAUUCAGAGAAAGUAAUGCCGUUUGAAUAGCAUUUUUCGUUUCCCGCAGCACUUAAGUAACAAAGAUGAUGUAAACGGAACAAAUAAUAUUUUGACUUCUUGUUGAUUACUUUUCUUCUCUCUCCAUUCGUACCGGGAUUCGUACCUCGGCGAUUUGAGGGCGCCGGUUGAAGCAAAGUCUAUUUGUAAUUUUUUUAUGGCUUUAAUAUCUGUAAGCAUACUUGUGAGCGCGGGAUCGAUGUAUUAUUGGUACUUUGUGAGAUUACUAGAAUUAAAAAAAAACUCUCUUACUAACGAUCGAAAUGCUAUCAAUUCAAAAGGAAAUUGAAAAUAAUUUGUAUGAGGCUUUUGGUGCUCGUCUUGAAUCUUCAAAUUUUCAUGUUGCUAUUCGUUUUUUUUUUGUCUGUUUUUCAUAACUAAACGUGUAAAAAGCUACCUGUAAAGAUCCUGGAGUCCCAGUGAAUGGAAAGAGAAAAGGAAAGUCAUUCGUCGAUGGCGACACAGUAGAGUUUACUUGCGACGAAAACUUUAGCCUCUCUGGUUCAUCGAUCAGUCGUUGUUUGGGUGGAAGGUGGAGCGCGGCUUUGCCAGAAUGCAAAGGUUAGAAAAUGCUUUAUCAUCUCUUUAUCUCAUACCUCAUGUUGAAUUACUCCGACAAUCAAAAUACACUCAAAAAAUUUUGCCCAUGUUAAUUUUCCAUCACCUUGUUGAGAGCCUUUAAAAAGUUACUGGAAUCCUCUUGUGUAGCAUUCUUCCACCAAAGAGAAUCAAAGGAUACCAGGAACAGUCAGGCAACAUGACAAAAUGUUGGAAUAGCAUCAUGACUCGAAAAUUCCUAAUGUUAAGAAAGGCAUAUCAAACUUUGCCUAUUGUCAUGGUUGUAUUCGUUUUAAGUCAAUGGCUCUAUUGUUCAUUGUCCUCCGAGACCUUUUCAUCGGAUGGUUUAAAUUGCGCUCAGCAAGUGUUGAGUUCAGGCGAGGAAAACUUUUUCGGUUGAACAACUUUUGCCCAAGGUUCUUAGGCAUUAAUGUAGCUCAAAACAUUUGAAGACAAAAAUUGGAUUGGGAGGGAGGGAGAGGGGAUUGAUGGAGACGAGUUCAGGUAGAUAUGCAAGACAAUAUCGCAUGCAGACAUUGCCUUCGUCUAGGAAGCUUGAAAUGUUUCUCGUGACCGUCAGCAACCUGCAUUUUUUAUUCAGUGUUAAACAGCUUAGCUUUCCGUUACUGUAUCUUAAAAGUGACUUUAAAGUGAUUGUUUAAAAAGAACUACGUUUCCAAGUAGCAUGUUGUGUGUUUAUGCGCUCUCAAGUUUAAUAACGUUUGGUUUUGUUUUGUAUACAGCUUCUUGCCCAGACCCGGGUAUACCUGUGAAUGGUGAAAGGGUUGACGGGAGUUUUGAACACGACAAGCACUUACAGUUCAAGUGCAAACAAGGAUUUUGGCUGGUAGGAAGUCAACUGAUCUUUUGUAAUGAGGGCACGUGGAGCAACGAAAUUCCCACGUGUAGAGGUAUGAAACUCCAAAACUUUACGCGUCCUUCUUUAAUGAAGUUACGAUAACACCAUAACAGUUAAAGGUCCUCUAAGGCUUUGACGCAGAUGUGACCAAAAUAUAACUAAUCUUGGCAAUAUGAAUACAUUAUCUAGCAAAUGACGAUGUAUAGCAGUUACAAGUGAGAAUCAAUACAGAUCUUUGGAAUCUUAGGAAUAACACCAUCACUUGAUAUGAGAGCGAUCUUCGCAAUAACGACCAUGUCGGGUCAUGAAUUAUAAUCCAUCUAUUUUAGGGCCAAUAGGUGAUCGUAUACUGGUUGCUAGCUCGGGGAUAUCCUAACUUAAAUAACAUCAGACGUAACAAUCGUUUGUGAAGGUCAACCUUGCUUUACGGCGACAAAUGGAAAUGCAGUUCUGAAACGCUCCUUCUAGGGUAACGUACUGACUCUCUUUUGAAGCUGUUUGUAGAGAUCCUGGAGUGCCAGAAAAUGGAAUCAGGAUCGGAGACGAUUUUGGAGAUAGCCAGAUGGUGGCUUACAGAUGUAACGAAAACUUUAACUUGGUAGGCUCACCUACCUCGUUUUGCAUAGCUGGACACUGGAAUACAACAAAGCCAACUUGUAAAGGUAAGCAGCAAGAUAACGUCAGGAAUGACGCUACUUGAGAAAACGAAGGUUGUUCUCUUAGCCACCUGGUUAGGAAAGUUUUCCCCUUUUGCUCGGUCUGAAAAAGAAACUCACGACUUCCUGGGGAUCUCUUCAAUUUAUGCACUGCUCUUUAGAAAAGUUUUUCUUUUAGUUGAAGGAAACGUUUUCUUCUUUGUGAAUUCUGCCGUGCUGCUCUCUAAGGAUAGCGAGACUUUUGCUAACAGCCAUGUACACCAUAAAAUCCCGCAAUCAUUUUACAUUCCGCACGGAACCAGAUAUCGUUUUCGUUUAACGUCAUACGGGAACAGUUUUAACUUUCUUUACUUAAGAGAAUGAUUUGGAAAACUUACGCCGUUUAUGUAAAAAGGAAAAGCGUUUUCAGGCGUAAAUGUCAAUUGCAGCAUCCUGUCCUGAUCCUGGUGUACCGAGUCAUGGCAGAAGAAUCGGUUCUAAUUUUGGUCACGGUGGCCUGGUGACAUUCGUGUGUUUAAAGGAUUUCAACCCGAUAGGAAGCCAGUCCAUGACUUGUCACGACGGAAAAUGGAGUUCUGUUGUCCCUGUUUGCAAAGGUAAUCUAUGAAAAUAAAUUUUGUCAUCACGCAUAAACUCGAUCCCCAAUUUUGCGACGGCGUCACGAACAUGCUGAGAAAGUUCGCUGGAACUAUGAUUGUACAAAAGGAGAAACGUAAUUCGCCUGAGAGAUUUCAAAUUUCCGGUAAUUUUAAAGCCUUUGGGAAAUUAUCAGAGAUAACCAAAUAUGUUUUAGUCUUUUUCUAUUUCCUACGUUUAAGCAGUCUUUGAAACUUCUAUUCGGAAAGGAGUAAAUUGUCCAAUGCCGAAGUCUUGAGAGAUUUAAUAAUACUUGGCAUAAAAUCAGUCCACUGUUCACCUGGCUGUAGAGUCACUGGCUUUUCAGUAUCAUAUAUGUCUUUUGUAUGUCCUAAGCAUCAUGUAAGGACCCAGGCUCUCCCAACAAUGGAGUCAGACAUGGUAACGACUUUGAUCACAACAAGCGAAUAUCCUUCACAUGUCUCCCGGGAUUUCAACUGACGGGGACUUCGAACGCGGUGUGUAUCAAUGGAAAGUGGAGUGCAUCCAUGCCUCAAUGCAAAGGUGAAUUGUUACGAACUCAAUUUAUGAUUACCGUUUAACUUUUAUGCCUUUGGAAAACCUGUGAUAAAAGGAAUGCUGCUUUGUUUCGCCCUAGGUGCGAAAUCUAACGAUGCAAGUUGUUUUAUCCUCAAGAUGAAUGCCAUACAAUGUAACUUUAUUUAAAGUCGAGACUAUUCCCAGUUAAGGAAGCGAAGGUUUCGUGAAAAAAGAAAACUCGUAAAACUAUUUUAGCCCCCUCCUUCCGACCACAAAAAUCGCACCAAUUAUAAAACGGUUACUGUUAUUUGCGACUCCUUGAGUAAGGCCUUAUUCUUACCCUUCUUGGAGCCAAAUAUUAGCCAAGAACCAAAGUACAAUUUGCCGCCGAACUUGCCAGAUUUUUUGAACGAUUUUAGGCUCAGACCCUUCGAUUUCAUUUCGGUUGCUAAUAUAAUAAUAAUAUCUAUUAAACAUCGAAUCAAAUAAACUCAACACAGUCUAGAAUUCACACUCUCAAAUCAAUGAUCAGUAUCAGUCAAAUCAUUGAGACAAGAUAUUCCGGUAUUCACAUCGUCAUUCUGAAUUAUAGCUGUUUGCGUCGAUCCUGGUAAGCCUGUUCAUGGAAACAGAAUAGGGAAUACCUUCCUUGAUGGUCAGGCUGUGGCAUUCAGUUGCCAACCGGGUCACACACUGAUUGGCGCGUCGAUUCUGCGGUGCGUUGCUGGAAAAUGGAAUAAGCCAACACCCGAGUGUAAAGGUAAUUUUUUUAAGAGGCGUUUAGCAACACCAAGAUUAUUUUGCCUCCAACCCAAGCUCAAUUGUUUUUUCCCAAUAUUCAAUAUGAUAUAGUCGAGUCUAUUAUGUCUCAUAAACAGUAUGGUACAACGGUGCGCCCUUAUUUUGAUUGGCACAAGUCGACUGACCAACUAAUGGUCACUCUGCCUUUUCGAAAUUGUACCUUACCAUGUAAAUUUUUUUAUUGAAAUGCUUUUAAAACUAGCAAACGAUAGAGAGGGCUUCGCGUUACAUUAAUUGAGUGUCAUUGUACACUUAAGUUAGAAAUCUAUUUGGUAAACAUAAAAAGAUUCGAACGUCUGUCAUAUCAGUUGAUCUCAUGUGUUAUUGUAUGAUCCUUUUGACUCAUUACUCAGUCUUAAAGUCCAGUCGAGUCACUGUUAAUAAAUUCGUAUUUUGUUUGUUCAUUUCAAGCCUCGUGUCCAGACCCUGUUGCUCCUAUAAAUGGCCGAGCUAUUGAUCUAAAGCCUGGUUACCGUCACGGAGAACGAGCGAAGUUUUCGUGCGAUUCAGGUUUUAAAUUAAUAGGAUCAUCAAACAGCAGGUGUCUCGAUGGAAACUGGAGCUCGACGGCUCCCUUAUGUACAGGUAUAGUUCGGUUACGUCUUUUUGAUCGACUCAAAUGUAAUUGUCGUCCAAAGGAGCACAUAAUACAAUAUAGCUAGUUUAAUGAACAAAUUUAAAGUGAAUGGUUUCGUGAUCUUAGCCUGUAAAGUGCUUACAAUCCAACGACAAUGGAUCAUCAAAUGUCGUUAAUAUCGAGUUGAAGUAUGUUUGCAAGCUCAAAGUAAUCAAAGUCAAUUCCUUACGAGUCUACAUCCAUACAAAUUAACUUACAAAUCAGUUAAAAUAUUAUCAGUUUCCUUUCGCGGAUAAGUGAUAAAGCAGUCGGAUUCAUUUACUCUCUCUAUUGCGUUGUAAUUUGUUAGUUUCCAGGUUUCAUAGAUCAUUAGCACAGUAGCUCUGCUGUGUUUUUAAACUGUGAAUUAAUUCAUCCUACAAUCUAGCUGUCGUCAUAAGUGAAGAAAAGAAGAAACUGUUUUUGCGAAAAAUUUUUGCAUUUUCGUCAGUUUCGUAUUCGGAAAGACAGGACGUUUUCAGAUCAGAAGUUGUGCUUCCCAAUUGAAACUCUAACUGUUAAAUUGGAGUGUUUCGCACUCAUGAUUAGGACAAUGACUCUUUCUUUUGAGGAAACCAAACUAAAGGGGACGGACUCUUGAAACAUAAAUAAGAUGACAUAACUCUUCUGUGUGACUCUCACGCUAGAUAUCGACGAGUGUUUAGAGGGGGUAUCCCGUUGUCACUCCAACGCUGAGUGCUCAAACACCAUUGGUUCUUUUACGUGCAGAUGUAACGCAGGCUCAGCUGGAAAUGGCAAGACUUGUUUGAGUAAGGAAAGAUAACUUGAUUGCUUGUUAUACUCCAGAAGUAAGGCGUAUUCAACCUUAUACCGUAUACCGCGUUUAAAAAUCUUAAGAAGUUCUCAAGAUGGUGUCUUGAGUUGCCCGCAGCCUUCUCAACAUAUCUGGCGGAGUGAGAAUUUGUGAUGGACUAUUUUCGGAAGUCGCACAUCAACAUAAAGAUAGCUUAGCAUAUUUUGAGGUUCCGUAAGAUUAUGUGAUUAUUGAUAUCCUUAUUACUAUUUGCAAUCAUGCGUAGUAUCGGCUCAAUGCUGCCAAGCCGGCUGAAAAGUGUGUAUUUGUGAGUUUUACAGAAUGCUAUAUGUCCCAUAUAGCUGUUUAACUUUGCCGAAAUUAUUCAACCCGUGGCUGAGAGGCUAUGGAAACCUUAAUCCUCCUAUUUUCUUCAUCAGAGAACUGCAAUGAUCCAGGCACACCACAAAAUGGUCAAAGAAACGGCAGUGAUUUCGUUCAUAAAAGUAAAGUAACUUUUACAUGCCAAACUGAUUUUAAGCUUGUCGGAAGCAGUAGUAUUACUUGUCGUGAUGGAACAUGGAGUGGCAGAGUUCCUAUAUGUAUGGGUAAGCGAGGAUAAUAGCACUUAAAAUUAUGUCAGUAGUCAGAAUCUUCCACAUACCUUGCGCGAUCCGAAAUCACAAAAUUCGUAUAAACUUGAUAUAAUCGGGGUGAACAAAUUUCAGUUUAACGUAAUUCAGCGUAAAACACAUUUCUAACUUGUUUCAUGACAGCAGGACCCGUUCAGCAAAUUUUUGAGUGGGAUGGGUAGAGAAGAACUUAUAAGCUUUAGCCAACAAGGGAAUGGGGCAUGCUCAGCAGGAGAAGUUAUCUUUAAAAAAGUAUAGGGAAGAAGGUUGGUGGGGGGAAGCCUCCCCCCUCAGCCCCUCCCUCCGCGCGAUCUCUAGAAAGGAACAACCUUCGCUACCCUUUUUCCCAAAUAUCGCUUCUUUCGGAGGAUUGCUACUUUCCUUUGACUAAAACACGUAACUUCAAGUAAAAAUUAAACAGUCUUAUCAAAACAAACGAUAAAAUUAAAACAGACAAAUUUCGCAGUAACAGGUAACUACGCGAUACAAUGGUCCUUGCUGUAAGAGCUUUACGGUGUUUUUUUUUAAUGAGCCAGCUGCAAAAAUACAGGAGUUCCACGAAAUUGCGCAGGGACAGUUCAAUUGCAUGAAAAAUUUACGCACGCUUUUCCAUUCUAAAUUACACUCGAAAAAACUAGAUAAUCUAUACCUAUUGAGCACGAACCAAGGUUCAUAGAGUGUUCUCUCAGUAGUUUGAAGACAUCAGUCCCAAAUCUUAUCAUAAACAACACCAUUGGUAACCUACCAAAAGUAAUAUAUAAAAAUUAACAUGAUUCGACCAGGUAGACCACGUUACGUCGGCAAAAAUCAACUCUUAUGGUUUGUUCCGGCGUCCAAUCGAUUUGUUUAGAAACUUGCAUGCGACCGCGACAUUUAAUCGGUUCUUUCAAAGAUUCUAACUUCCAAGUUUCAUUUUUUCUUCUCUAGCCAGCUGCAAAGAUCCAGGAGUUCCACUGAAUGGUUCCAGGACAGGCGACAACUUUCAACACGGACAAGCUGUCAGCUUUUCAUGUGAUCGUGGCUACACGUUGAUUGGUAGGAAGGCAAUAAGGUGUCAGAAAGGAGUAUGGAGUUCAUCUUUACCGCAGUGUAAAAGUAAGUGGCUAUGAUUACUAGCAGUUGUAUUAGAUGCUCGACUAUAUAGUUCGAAAUCUUGGUCACUUUGGAGGUAUGCUGAGUGACCUUCCAGUCCGAUUUCUUUAGUUGAUACAGAGUAAACAACGGCAAGCUGUCUAACAAAAAGCCCCAAUAUUUUGUUACAUGAAUGUCUGUUUACUUUCUACUUAUCUUUGCUUCCUUAGUGAGCUGCAAUGAUCCAGGUAGGCCAGACAACGGCCAAAGAAGAGGCAAUGAUUUCCACCACACAAAGACAGUAACGUUUACAUGCCAACCUAAUUUUACGCUUGUUGGCAGCAGAGCUAUAACCUGCCGUGAUGGAACAUGGAGUGGCAGAGUUCCAGUGUGUAUGGGUAAGCCAUGAGACAACUGGGCAUACUCCUUGAGCGACCAGAAAUCUCUGUAGUAUUCAGUCGAAAAACUGCAAGCCGGUAAAUGGCAUAUAUGUCGAUUGUUACUCAGUUAAUUUCUUUUGGCCUGCUUUUCAUGCUUUACCAUGGUGAUAUCUUUAUUUCACUGAGUUUAACUGAGAAGACCUAAGCUUAAGAGCUUCUUUUGAUUAAUAAGAAUAUUCCAAUUAAACCGUAAAACGAGCUGAGCUUUUGAGCACUAACAGGCAAACGAAAUGUGCUAUACCUGUCAUUAGUCACUUUUUGUUUGCUGAUGUGAAGAAGAAGGCAUUUUGAAAAUCUCAGGGAGGUCGUUACUUAACUGUGAAGGGUUAAGUUUGUGGAAGGGCUUGAAGGUUGUGAAAGGUAUGAGCAGUCCUUAGCCCUAUGAUGUUGUUUCCUUUGUUUUUUCUUUUAGCGAGCUGCAAAAAUCCUGGAGUUCCACGUCAUGGUGUAAGGCCAAGCGACAACUUCCAACAUGGACAAACAGUCAAUUUUGGCUGUAAAAGUGGCUACACAUUGAUCGGUAGUAAAUCAAUAAGAUGUCAGAAUGGAGUUUGGAGUUCAUCUUUACCGCAGUGUAAAGGUAAGAGGCAUUUUUUCUAAAGGGAUUUUGACACACAAAUCUCACAUGGAAUUUGUAUGCUUAUAUCUUUUUCCUUCAGAGACAUGCGAUAAUCCAGGUAGACCGAAAAACGGCCAGAGAAAAGGCAGUGAUUUCCGUCACGGAAGGAAUGUAACUUUUACGUGUCAAACUGAUUUUAAGCUUCUCGGUAGCGAGACUUUAACCUGCCAUGAUGGAACCUGGAGUGACAGAAUUCCCGUAUGUUCAGGUAAUCAAGGAUGAUAACAGUUGAAAAUAGUGUAGUUGUAAGUGAUGAACAGAAUGACUUAAAAGUUAGUUUCACAUACUUUAUGUGUUGGAUCCGAAAUCACAAAUGAAUAUGGCAACUUAUCAAGCAGUCUGAAGCAAUUUUACAGGUUUUACUUUCGUCUCGCCCAAAGUGCUGUUACCAUAGAUAUGUUCUUAUCUACUUACCUACUUUUGAGGUUAUAACUUUAAAUGGGUCGUUACGUUCUUCGUUUCUAGCCAGCUGCAAAGAUCCAGGAGUUCCACUGAAUGGUUCCAGGACAGGCGACAAUUUUGAACAGGGAGAGACAGUCAGUUUUUCAUGUAAUCGUGGCUACACUUUGAUUGGUAGGAAGGUCAUAAGGUGUCAUAAAAGAGUAUGGAGUUCAUCUUUACCACAGUGUAAAAGUAAGUGGCUGUCAUUUCGAGUCGAUGUAUCGACUUAAGAAUUUCAAUUUGAAAAUUUCAAUCACUGGGGAAAUUACCUUUGCAAUAAAAGACACGUAUUUACCGAGACGCAAUGAAGAAAAAUGCGCUGAAAAUAACCCUCUUCAACUGAGUCUUUUCAAAAUUUUUUUGCAUAGCACAGUGGGUAAAAAAAUGUCUCAUCCUUGCUUAAGAAACAAAAUUGAAAAGCACACAGUUAAAUUGAGAUUACGUGAGCGUCGUUACUCGCCCGACACCCCUACUCCACUCCAUUAUUUUUUUUGCCGUGGGAUCCCUCAUGAUUGACCUACCGAUUUACUAUCUCGCCAUCACUGACGUUUAUUUUUCCAUGGUAGAAUCCUGCACUGAUCCUGGUAAACCACGGAAUGGUCGUAAAAUUGGGGGAGAUUACCGUCACGGAAGGACCAUGUCUUUUAUUUGCCAACCUACGUUUAAACUGGCAGGAGUGAACAGAAUCACAUGCCGUGAUGGGACAUGGAGUGACAAUGUCCCCACAUGUAGAGGUAGCUUUUAACCGAGGUUAAAGUCAACAUAGAAGAAACAAUGACUGUGUCUUUUCUGGAAGCGAGUUAACAAUGAAAUAGGAAAAAACAAAAAAAAUGGAGAUAAAUUUCAGCUUGUCUGUUAAUCGUGUUCUUUUUUGAACUUUUAUAACCUUCUCGAUUUGUGCUUUCUGCGCUUCCUAAAACAGAGUAAGCGAGUGUUUCCUGUGGAGAAUCCUACACUACUAUCUCAUUGGCCUUUAGCAGCGGGUGUAUCCCAGGUUUUUGUCUUCGUUGUGGUUGUUUGAAUCGUCAUUAAACAUUGUCACGUACAGCGAGGAGAGUCAUAUGCACCCCUCCCUCUGUGCUUUCACAGAGUAGGUUAGUUAAAAUGCACGAAUUCCCUCAAAGUACACUGAAGUUCCUUGAAGGGUUAGAGAACUAACUAAAUUCUCAUUUUUCUGUUCCCAGCGACAUGUCGAGCCCCGACCAACAUUAAACAUGGCUCUUACAUCGGAAGUAAAUAUGCUGGAGACAGCGUCACAUUCACAUGUGACGAUCAGUACUUUUUAGAUGGCUCUUCUGUCAUCACUUGUGUUAAUGGGCGAUGGAAUGGAACUUCACCCAUCUGUAGAGGUAAAGUAAAGUUGAAAAAGUGCGUUGGUUACGGUUGCUUCGGUUCUCGCUAAAACAUGGCUGAUAUUGACACAAAAUAUCCCCGGGUUCUAUUAACACCAUCAGGCUUAGAUAAUGCGAAAAGAAAAAAAAAUAACCAAGUCGACUGCAGUGAUAUAUACUUAUGUCGAUAAAUAGAUUAAAGAUAUGCAACCACUCUUUAGAAAUAUCCUAGUGGACGAACAUCACUUUUCGGUUUAUUACUUUCCUUCCAGCUCCGUGCUCUCCUCCGAUUCCACCAGCUAACGGUUUCGUCUUUGGCGAUAACCACCAACACCAAUCGCUUGUUCAGUUCUGGUGCGAUCAAGGUUAUACAUUAGAGGGCCCACCAUCCCGUGAGUGUAUCGAUGGAAAGUGGGACAAGAAAGCUCCAUACUGUAAAGGUAAUUUACACUACACAUGAUGUCAAUACCAAAGUAAAAGAGACCAUCGGUACUUUUAGAAUUUUUGACCUGGCAACACCUCUUCCAGGUACUAACAUUGCCGAAAGUAGCAUCACCGUAUUAAGGGACUUUUCUAUUUAAAACGGUCUAUUUUCAUUUUCGCAUGUAUUUUUCAGUUUCCAAUAAAAAAGUGCAAAAUUUGUUUUGGAUAUAAAAUACAAUCUGCCAUGAAAAAUUGGCACACGAAGCGAAAUUAACCAAUUCCUCGUUUAACCUGUCAACCUCCUUUAUGACAACACAGUCACAAUAUUGUAGUGUUAAGACAGCAUAUUGCAUAGUGGUUCGAGAGUUUUGAGUGUCAUCCGGAAGCACAAGAACGAAGCUUUACUGAGUUUACUCUUCGAAGAAACAACAAGCGAAUGGGGACCGAAAAAUAAUUGUUGAGUAUGCUCUUUUACUGUUAAGAAAUCCUGCUGUGAGAUUUAUUCAAAACACCUUUUCAGACACCAAAUCAUGUAGAAAGCCUACCCUUCCGCCGAAUGCAUAUCUUAGACCCUCGCAGUCUCAGAUGGAAGUGUUUCCUAAUGGUGCAAGAUUGUAUUAUCUGUGCAAUCCAGGAUACUGGCGGUCUGGAUUUUCCAUUCAAAGAUGUGAGAAUGGAAAAUGGACCAAAGCGACUCUCAGAUGUCGACGUAAGUAUUUUAGAAUCUUUCAAUUGCGUGAAGGAAGUGUAUAUUUAGAGCACUGAACUGUAGCAAGACAAACAAUUAAAUGAAGAAACAGCAUCUCGAGUAGAAUAGGCCACUUCCGAGUUCUCGCGGUUCAGUGAUCUGGGGACGAAAUUACGGCGCGAGAACGAGGCUAAAGGCGAGGUCGCUCUCAUCGGUGUGAAGGAUCAACUGCCGUGGUGGUGAAAAUGAGCGAAACUUUUUUAAAAUUCAAUGUGGGAGAGUGAAAAAUUAUUUGUGGGAGAGCGGCAUACAGUUAAGUGAUGGCAGCAGAGGAAAGAAAAAUGCAGAACUGUUCGAUUUAUACAAGAAAGCUGCAGCAAUGAAGAAAAUCAAACUAACCUUGUCUACAAUGGGCUAUUACGUAGAAGGUUUACCCAUUAUGUUUAAAUUACGUCCCCAAAGUUUGUUUUCUUUUUCAUCCUAUGGGGGAAAAAAAAUUGAUGAGCGCCCGUUACCUUUCCUUAUCGUUUAGACAUCUGAUUUUCAUUUAAUUUGAGCCAGGGUUGGGGCAGAAGGCUGUCAAAGUCACUGCCAAGUUUCACAACUUCUUUAGUGACAGUCUGGAGUAAUAUGAAUUCAAGAGUUAUUCACAAAAUCUGUUUCCGUUUUACUCUUUCGCACAGCAAGAUCUUGUGGUAACCCAGGAUCGAUUACAAAUGGCAAAAUAAGCAGCUACGUGUUUACAUACAAUAGCACAGUCGAGUACUCUUGUCAUCCUGGAUAUUCAAUUGUGGGAUCCAAGACUCGUUUAUGCCAAGCCAACGGAACAUGGAGUGGAACAUUACCCCGAUGCACAAGUGCGUUUGCCUGUUUGUUCGCCUUCAUUGUUUGUUUUUUUUUCUUGGCUGCCGUGAAAUUGAACUAACCCCUUAUACCGUUAAGUCGCAACACAAGAGUAUUUAGAUUUCUUGAAACCUAUCGAGGAUGCGAGGCACCUAAAGUGAAGACGAAACAAUCGCCCUCGCCUAAAAAUUUACUGCGACUUCAGAAGAAAACAAUACUUCCUUAGAGCCUCUAACUUAACGGGGAAAGUCAAAAAUUGUUGGAGUACAAAUUAGAUAAAUUGCAUGAAUCUCAGCGGUUCCUUUACUGGAAUCGUUUUUCGCCGUAGGCAAUAUUCGUUCAUUGUAGAUAUCGACUGAUGUAGCAGCUAGUCUACUUCGCCGACGGGAUGUCACGGAUAUUUAAUGGGGACUGACUGAAUAACUGACAGAGUGACUUCCUCAAGGACUGAUUGACUCAGUUAUAGAAGACGCUUGUAACACCACCCUGUAACUCGUUCGGACUUAAUCCAAUAAUUCAUUUAAAUUCUUUAAGAGGUGAAAUGUCGUCCUCUUACUGCUCCUCCAAAUGGAAGGAUUGUCGAAUCUUCCACUUCCCUCAACGGAAAAGUGACAUUCCGCUGCGUUGGCAUGCGAUAUAAAUUGGUUGGACCGUCAACACGGACGUGUCUCUCAAAUGGACAGUGGAGCGGUACACAGCCAUCAUGUGAUUGUAAGUCCGUUACAAAAAUUAGCUUAACUUGAACCUCUGAUGUACGUUGAGGUUAAUUGGUUCUGUGAGCACCUUUACUGACACCAAGGGGAAGUUAUUGGAGAGACACAAAAGAAAACAGAAAUUUGGGUCGUACUCUACCUGGUCGCAGCAGUGUCAGAGACCAUAGGAACAUUGUCAAUUUAGUUCCGUGACUUUAUUCUCCCUUUCACGACUGAAUAUUAAAAGAUAUCGAUCCCAGCGGUUGAGUUGGGUGUGUACAUUGUUGUUACUGUCUCCUUUCAUCGACCACCAAAGGAAUUUUCCCAUUGAUGGGGCUUUGUGUCCAUCCAUUUUUAAUGUCUUGUUUUUCAAUACUUAACUAUGAAGAACUAUUAAUUUCUCCAGGUAAAUAUUCCGCUUAGUUAAUUACGUUUCAACUUUCGGAUAUUUUUCAGUGAUUGUUUGUCCGGAUCCCGGAAUUCCUGUAAACGGCAACAGAUUCAACCGCACUAACUCUGUGCGAUUUUCUUGCAAAGGAAAAUACAAACUUGUUGGAGCAUAUAUAAUCUACUGCAUGAAAGAUGGCACCUGGAGCAGACCUACGCCUAAAUGUUUAGGUUAGCAGAAUUCUUGAUUUGUUUUCUGUAAUCACAAUGAAAACGAAAUAAAAAAUGAAACGCAAAGAUAAGUCAGUUGUGAGUGGACUGAAGAGUUCCCCGUGCCUUGUUAGGUUAAUUUGUUUGGGAGAGAAUUUACUCUAUAUUCAUCAUUUCCCAUACACAUUUGGUCGUUAAUUCUUCGUGGAAGCUAUCGAGUAUCGGAAGGUCAUACGGCUUGUUUCUGAUAAAGCAGAAAUCUGUCUAAGGUGCAAGAAGUGCACUAGUGGCGGUGUAGGCUGUGGACAUAGAUCAAGAUCUGUUCAUUCAUAGAACGGUCCCGUACUUGUAUUUAGGGUUUAUGAAAAAUCCACGAACACCAUGUGGUAAAUACUAUCAAUCAAAUUAUACUGUUUUUCUUUUGUCAGUAUUCUUCAUACAUCAAACGUAUCGUUUCAUUUUUCUUUUGAAUUUCAGCCCCGUGCCCAAACCCCGGCACGCCCAAAUAUGGCAGACGGAGUGCAAGUGAUUUCAAACAUAACCGAAAAGUUCGAUUCCGUUGUAAAAAGAAUUUUCGACUUGUCGGCUCUAAAGAAAUAACUUGCAGAAACGGACAAUGGAGUGGAGCUACACCUACUUGUCAAAAAAGAAACUUGCCUUGAGAAGGGAAGAAAGGACAAUCAGAAAAAACUACUAACAAGGAGAAUCGUUUUUAAGCUUUUAAGUAUAUAGAUAAUAUUAUUUUUGUUUCAUAUUAACAAUAUCAAAGAUAUGCUGUAGGUUUGAAUUCUGCUGUUUCUAUAAUAUUCUUGCUUCUGUAAUUUAUUGUUAAUGGCUUUUAUCAUGUUUCCGAUAGAGGCCGGCAGUUGAACCUUCUACGACGCCUACCGCUCCGGCGAGAACAGCCAAUUUGCUGUAGCCCCAAGAUACUUCCAGUUGUAGGAAGAUUCAAUUUUAGUUACAACAAAUUUUAAGCAUCAUUAGAUGCGCAGGCUAGACAACAAUUUGUCCACAAAUAGUGGAGUAAUAAAGCUAUUAAAGACAUUUAAAGUUAAAAAUACC